GUGGGUCAGGUCAGGUCACUGGUGGUCUCACCCCACAAACACAUAUAUACAUAUAUAUAUAUAUAUCUUGCAAGACCCUUGAUCAAUUUGAUACAAAUUAAUGUCUUAUCUAUUUCCUUGGAAUUAAUUUAGUUUGGUUCCAUGGUUUCCUCGGACCGAAGAAUCAUGGCAAACGUUGUUGUUGGCGGAGUAUCAAGACGAGCUUGCGAUAACUGUGUAAGGAAAAGGGCCCGAUGGUACUGCGCCGGAGAUGAUGCAUUCCUGUGCCAAUCUUGCGAUGCAUCGGUUCACUCUGCAAAUUCCUUAGCCAGGAGGCACGAAAGGGUCCGCCUGACGACAACAACAACAACAACAAUGGGAUCCAUGAUGAUCAGGUCCAUCUCCAGUGAUGAUGAUGAUGAUGAUGAUGAAGAUGAAGAUGAACAACUCCAUAUGUCUGGUGUUGCUGUACCGUCAUGGCAUCAUGGGGUCACUAGGAAAGCCCGAACACCAAAGCUGAAGAAGCAUACUAGUUCAAGUUCUGAGGAAUUGCAAUUGCCUGCCAGCAGCAGAAUCCAUCAUUCUUCCAGCCUGCGGGUGCCGGAAGUAGUUUGCAGUAGUGAAGAAUACUCCUAUUAUUGUGGCGAUGAGCAGCAGCUUCUGCAUCAGGUUCCGGUGCUGUCCAAUCAUACUAAUCAGCUUGGGCCCGGGCCCGAUGAAGAAAUUGCGAUUGGGCCUGGGCCUGUAUUUGGGCUGCAGGAAAUGAAUGUGGCUGGAUUUGGUGCAGUCGAUUUCGAGAGUUUGUUUGGAGGCGACCCGGAAGAUGAGUGGUUUGACUUUGACUUUGAGUCUGACAUAAAAGGGUUGGGGGUUUCAGAGACAGAAUUAGAAUCAAGGAAGCUGCAGCUGUCGAUUAUUAAUGAAGGAGCUGUAAAAGUUGGAGAGGGCAAUGACAUGAUGAGUGAUGCAGCAGCAAGUAGUGAAUUCGACCUGCAUGCCACAUUGGUCGAGAGAGGGGCGACAUUGAUUAAUAAUAAUUAUAAGGGAUCAUGCGAUGAGGAUGAGGACGACGACAUUAAGAUGAUGAUGUCGAAGCAGAUCUGCAUCUCUCUGAGACUUGACUACAGGGGCGUGUUGUCGGCUUGGGACGGUCGGAAGUCUCCAUGGAUGACCGGAGAACGGCCAGCUGAAGCUGAUUAUGAUUUGAGGCUGUCGUCCACGAUUGACCAAUGCAGCAGCUGGCCAUUAUGCUUGCAGGUGCGGGGCAUUUGUGGAAGUAGUGACGUGGGGUGCAGAGGACAAAGAGAAAGAGAAGCAAGAGUGAUGAGGUACAGGGACAAGCGACGGACGAGGUUGUUUUCCAAGAAAAUCAGGUAUCAAGUCAGGAAGUUGAACGCUGAGAAGAGACCGCGGAUCAAGGGCAGGUUUUUUUCAGGACAUGAGUAUGAGUACGAGUAGAGAAGAAUGAAUGGCUGAUCCUAGGAAGAAUUAUAUCUGCGGGUGUGGCCAAGUAAACAAUAUUCACUACGAAUCAGGAUCCUAGCUAGGUUUAAUAAAUAAUAACUGUCUGAUGGGAUUAUUAUUGAACAAUUAACAGCAUGGAUUCUGUCUAGACAUAUACCAGUGUGAAAGUCUUGAUGGGACAAUAUAAUGUGUAUAUAUUCCAACAAACUUGUUGGUGUAUAACAUAAUAAAAAUAAUGUAUAUGUGAGAGUGAGGCAUGCAAUCGAUAUUGUAUAUAUGUAUGUUUAAUCAAACAUUAAUCACUAUUUUAGGUUUAGGUUUAGAUUUACUCCUCCAUUUCACAAGCCCACUCAUUCAUUUAAUUUCAUUAAAUAUUUCUAUAACACUGCAUAGGUACAUGCAUGGAAUUAGGAAAGUGAUUAUUUACUGUACCAAUAAAUU